AUGGAGAGAGGAAUGUGGAAACCUAAUGUUGAAAUGUCACCAAACUGCCCUCGUUGUGGCUCUUCAAAUACUAAAUUUUGUUACUACAACAACUACAGUUUAACUCAGCCCAGAUACUUCUGCAAAGGCUGUAGAAGAUACUGGACCAAAGGUGGCUCUCUCCGCAACGUCCCCGUUGGCGGUGGCUGCCGGAAAAACCGAAGAGGUAAGUCUGUAAGAUUAUCCACUGAUCAUCAUCAUCACAACAAUGAUAAUAACAACAAUAAUGCAGUUUCUUCAAAGGGUUUCACAUAUGGAAUUGGAAAUGAAGCUAUUUCAAGUCCCGGUUCUUCUGGUUCACAUAUUGAUCUUGCUCUUGUUUAUGCAAAUUUCUUGAAUAAUCAACAGCCAGAUGAUUCCAAGGCGAAUAAUUCUUGCGCUUUCAAAUCUAUGGCGCAAGAAUUUCGAGGCGAAUUCGAUCCAUCUCUCGAAUUUUGCACAAAUUUGGAUUCUACUGAUAGAGUUAAAAUGUUACCAGCUGCUGAAGAUCAGAAUUGCAAUAAUAAUGAUCAAAUUUAUUACAAUUCUGUAUUUCAAGAUCAACCGAUAUUGCCGAUAUUGCCGCCAUUGCCGAUUGCUGAAGAUCAAAUGUGGCUGAAUUCACAAACGAUGACGAAUCUGAAUCAUCAAAGUUUGGAAGCAACAACACAAGAGCCCUUGAUUGGAGCCGAGAUUCAUCAUCAUCAAGCGGUUCAAGAUCCAAAUCUUUUAUUUGGCAAUUGGAGUCCAUUUGAUUUCUCAACUGAUGAUACCUUCAGCAAGACUUGA